AUGGUACACUCCCAAAUCAAGGCAAGUUUCGAAAGGCUAGAGGUACUGAAAAACUUGGAGACAUUGAUCCUCGAUGAUAAUUGGUUUGAUGACAGCAUCAUACCAUCUCUAAGUAACCUUACAUCUCUUGUGACAUUAAGUCUUGAAUAUAUUCUUUUGGGAUAUGAACAAGUAAAGGCCGUUGAAGGUUGGAAAUUGUUUUCAAGAUUGGAGAAGUUGGAGAUAUUAGAUCUUAGUGUCAAUUAUCUCAACGACACUAGUUUUCUUCAAUCAAUUGCUGCAAUCAAAUCCCUUAAGAAUCUUAAUCUUGCUUACAAUGAUUUGACAGGAUCCUUUCCAAUCGAAGAGCUAGCAAAUUUAAGCAAAUUGGAGGUCCUUAUCUUGGCAAGAAAUUAUUUUGGUGGACGACUAGCAACCCAAGGUCAAUUUUGUGCAUUGAAGAAGCUUGAAGUGUUAGAUCUAUCUUACAAUUACUUUGAGGGGAUCCUACCUCCAUGCAUAAACAAUAUGACAUCUCUUAUGGUGUUAGAUAUUUCUGUUAACCAAUUCAGUGGAAAUGCUUCAUCAUCAUAUGUAGAAGCCAGCAGAACAAGUCUUGAGUACAUUGCUUUUAGUUAUAACCAGUUUGCGAGUGUAUUCUCAUUCAACUUAUUUUCCAAUUACUCUAAGCUUGAGGUUCUUAGAUUCAAUGGCCAAAACAAUAAAGUUGAAAUAGAAACUGAAGGUUCUAUGGGUUGGUACCCUUUGUUUCAGCUGAAGAUCAUUGAAUUGUCUAAUUGUAGUCUGAACAAGCUCACCCGCAGUAUUCUGAAAUUUCUUCUUGUCCAACAUGAACUUGAUAUAGUUGAUCUUUCUCACAGCAGGGUCCCAAGAGGAUUAGAUACAGGUUGCCCCUCUUUGAGGAUUUUGAACCUUGCUAAUAACAGCUUCAAUGGUGCAAUUUUUGUUGGGACAAACCAGGAAAUUCUACAAAUGAAUGAUAAUCAAUUCACAAGAUCAAUACCGAAAGUUCUUUUCAAUUCCUCAUCUCUUUUGACAUUGGAUAUUGGAGAUAACAAAUUUACAGGCAGCAUCUCUAUUGAAAUCAAACAACUUCAAGACCUAAGAGUACUUUUGUUGAGUGGCAAUCGUUUCACUGGUAUAAUUCUGAAUCAGUUGUGUUUGCUAAGAAUGAUAAGCAUAAUGGAUCUUUCCAAGAAUGCUUUUUCUGGGACCGUACCACAAUGCCUCUAUGACAUAAAUUUUGGGAAGAUAAAGGCACCAAGUUUUGACUAUUUUAGUGGAAAAGUUUAUUCUAUCAAACGCCCUUUGGGAUUAGCUUAUACAUAUAAAGGUUUCUCGAACAAGGAUGCUGAUGUGCCCUCAUAUGUUAAAAAUGUUGAUAUAGAAGUAGAGAUCAAGUUUGUAAUCAAAUAUAGGCCUAGUUCUUACAAGGUUUCUAUCCUUGGUUACAUGUCUGGACUGGAUUUCUCAUGCAACAACCUAAUAGGUGGCAUCCCAUCUACGUUAGGCCAAAUAUCUUCAUUGCAUGCACUGAACUUAUCUUAUAAUCAGUUGAUUGGUAACAUUCCAAUAACAUUCUCGAAAUUGGCUCUCUUGGAAAGUUUAGACCUCUCUCAUAAUAGUUUGAGUGGAGAGAUUCCUUCAGCAUUGAUUGAUCUAACCUUUCUUGAGGUUUUCAAUGUGGCCUACAACAACCUAUCAGGUAAAGUUCCAGAUAUGAAAGCACAAUUUGGAACAUUUGAGAAAAGAAGCUAUGAAGGAAACCUACAUCUUUGUGGACCACCAUCAGAUAAAAGUUGCACCAAAGUAAAUGAGUCAUAUGCAACACCAAGACAGUCUUCAAAUGCUAGUGACAACAAAUGGUAUAAAGUAGAUCCUGUAGUCUUUCAUACAAGCUUCUCGUUAUUGGGUUGA